UUCGCCUCGGUCGACUUGCCGCGGCGCUAAACUAACGCGAACACCACGAUCCGAGCAAAACUGUUUACGGCCGACAAAGCCCGACCGUUGUGUAUAUACAAGCACCGACCCACCCCGUACGCUAUCCAAACAUCCACAUACUCAACAUGCAUUUCGAAGCUUCACCCGGCUCAUCGCCAUCCAAGUCCAUUCCCAUCAGCAUCUCACCCAGGAACAUGGCUUCGCCCACCGGCUCUCUCUACAGCAACUACUCCAUGGAGUCCAACUCUCGCCGCGGCUCUUCAUGUGCCUACCCUUCCUGGCCCACUGGUCCUUCUCUGGAGUACCGCAACCCAUCAUCGUACAUCAGCGACGAGGACCUCUUCGGUGAGGACUUCGAGGACGAGUACUGCCCCAUCAUGAAGAAGGCACCAGCGCCACCACGUGUCCCUCCCAUGGCCCAGGCCUUCCCAGUGUUGCCUCCUCUGUACGCACAGAAGAAGCCUAAGACCCAGCGAAGGCGCAGCAGCGGCAAGCAGCGCCGCACUUCGACGCCCAUGACUCCCAUUAGCGAGUCCCCUGAGCAAGUCGAGUAGACGCGUCAUUGCGACAACUUCAUUUGGUUGUCACCUACGUCACUGUGGGAGCGCCUCAUGCUGCGCCUCAUUCACAUGUCCGUGGCCGAGAGCACCAGCCACAGUUAAUCGGCACAUCCGCUUUGGGACAGCCGACACCCACGCAGC